AUGUCAAGAAACUGUUUAUAUAACAUAUCCAAGUUCAUACAAUUCUCGCAACCUUUUUUUGAUACUCAUCAUAAGAUUGCUAGCGAUUAUAAUCGAUAUAAUAAGAAUGUCACUUUUAAAAUUGAGAAUACAAAGCAACAACUUGCAACUGAUAACUUGGAUGCAAGCGAAUCAUCUGAAAAACAAGAAAAAGAUUUGAUAUCUAUUACCGAUCCUUCAGAUUCAGAAUAUCUGGAGAGAAUAGAGACAGCAUCAAAGUACAAAGUUCCAAACCUCAAAAAAUUCAAAAUUUUGUUCGUUUCUAUGAUAAUUAUUUCAUUAAUUUGUUGUGUCUUUAGUUAUAUCCUUAUUACACAGACAAUCCUUAUGUCUCUAUCAUCACGAGGUAAGAUACAAGAUUUCUUUCAGUUUUAUAGUGAUUUUAUCUUAUCUUGGUCGAUUUCUGUCCAAUUUCUUUAUACAGACAAAUUACCUUAUUCAAAUGAUUACUAUAGGAAUGUUAUAAACACAACGAACCAGAAUUUGCUUAAAUACAGCUUUAUUUCCGAAAAUUCAACUUUAUAUAAUUUAUUAUCUGAAGGAAAUGAGCUAAUUUUACAAGCUACGUAUAGUAAUAACUUUACAGACUGUUAUAAUACUACUAUUGACCUUGUUGCUAAUUUAAAUGACUACGGAAAGUCAAUUUACGCUUUAUACGCAAAACAAAGAAAUUCUGUACAACUGACACUUUAUUUGUGUAUCGCAAUCACUUUUGCAUGUACGAUUAUUUGUUUGAUUUUGUUUUUCGUGGCUUAUCAUAUUGGAUCGGAAUUAUUUACUUUAAUUGCAGCGCAACCGAUGCAUUUAACCAAGAUAUUCACAUCAGAGACAAUGCAUAAAUACCAUGAACUCGGAAAUGUUGAAAAACGUCUAGAUUUUGGAAAAGAUUCUUUAAGAUCGACUUUUAUUUUGACAUUUUCGGCCAUCAUACUACCAUUCAUUGUUUCAUUCGCUUACAGCAUCGAUAUGGACAGAAUUCAUAGAAAAUACUUGAGAACAAUGUCAUGUACUUUAUUUGCAUCGCAACAAACAGGUGUUUUAGUUGAAAACACAAUUUUGUUGCCAUUAUUAAGGGAUUAUGGUGCAAAUACCAAUUAUUUCCAAAGUUUUGAAAAAUCAUAUUCAAUAAUUUUUUCAAUUUUGAAGAAAUUCAUGAAUCUCAACAUUACUAUCAAUAUAACAGAUGAUAGUAACAUCAUUAUAUCACAAGAUAUCUCUGAUGAAGAUGUUUCUGACGUAUUAAAAAAUGUCAACCAGACAAAAUACGUUUUGUAUACAAAUGGAUCGGUUAUAUUGCUCAGGGAUAUGAGUAUCAUUAAUUUGGAUUCAGAAGAAACAGUAAAUUUGUCGGAUGUCUCGAUUAUGGCAAUUCCUUCAAACAUCUACUGCGGAUAUCCAAUGAGAAUGUUGUUAAAUGAUUUUCUAGUUAUAGAAAAUUCAAUUUAUGACUCUUUAUUAUUCUCAUUUAUUUUAACUCUGAUUAUAUUAGCGGUGAUACUUAGUUUUAUGGCGAUAUUUGUCAUUAGACUCAUCAAAAGAUACUAUACUGCCUUGGAUCUUGUCAUCAGAAUCAUUUCAAUUCCAAAUUCUGAAAAUCCAUUUUUCGAUGACACUGAUGGAACCUUUACUGGAUUCAAAGAACCACCUUAUCCGAUCAUGGGAGAGAUAUUUGACUCAUUGCCAAUACCAACAUUCCAAUUGAACAAGAAAUAUCUGAUUAUUGACCAAAAUACCACAAGUGAGAUGGUUUUUGGCGAUAUAAGAGGCUCCAACUAUGACGAUCUUCCAAACCAUAUCGUUGAUCCUCUUGGAAACCAAAGAUAUUAUAAUUAUAAUUUAAUAUGUAAGAGAGUUCUUCCAAGAACGAUGAAACUUGCCGGCCAGGCAAUUGUUCUAUCGAAUGAUAUGAGUGGAUUGGCCGCAAAGAAGGAGAUUCUUAAAAAUCUCAACAAAGAUAUCAGAUUAACCUUUAGUAUUCCAAAUAUCCUUCAAAGAGAGAAACCUACGACAAUACAAGAUAUCGCUAUUGUCAAUUUUGGCUUCUCAAAGUCAGUUUCAAACCAAGAUUUCCUCAAUUUCUCAAGUAAGAUCGAAGACAUGUUUUCACAGUUCGUUUCCUUCUUCAUGUUCGAGAAAAUGAGGUUUUCUUUCUAUGUCUUGUUCCAUGACAGCUCUCUUUCUAGGCAGCCAAUGCGAGAUGCAGUCAGUUUCGCACAGAUUGCAAGAGAUGCGGCCAAAUUACAGAAUAUAGAUGUAAAAAUAGCUGUAUCCAUGGAACACGAGGUCAUAGCAAAGGCACAGAGACAAGAUAUGAUUUGGAGUGUUACUUUUCUGAAUUCUAUCCUUUGGAGAACAGAUGCAAUGCUCAAUUACAUCGACUACGGCAAAAUUAUUUGCCUUUCGAAGAUGAUGUCUGGAAUGCACUUUACAAAGAACUUACACAUAGGCAAAUUCGCAGAAUCAACAGAAGUUAUUAUAAUAUAA